ACCAGAGCAACACUCGAGUCUUAUCUCUUCAACAAAACUAAACCCACCUCUCUUCCAUUACGGAAUAUUUAAAACAUUUAAAAGUUAAAUUAAGGAAUGUGUGCGCGUUACUCUUUGUAUCUUUUCUCCACCCGCUUAAUAACUGGCAUCAACUGAUACCAAGAAAAAGGGGAAAUCAAACCGACCGAGAAACUGCGAAAGAAUCAACGGAGGGAAGUGGGUUUUUAUUUGGUGGAAGCUCAAAUGACGUUUCGCUCUAUCUUUUGUGUCAAGCCUUCAGAUCGGAGCGACAGGAGUAAGAAAGAGCCAACAUGGAGGAUUUUUUCACUGAAGGAAUUACAUUCUGCCACGAACAAUUUCAAUUACGAUAACAAGCUCGGAGAAGGAGGAUUUGGAAGUGUUUACUGGGGUCAGCUUUGGGAUGGAUCACAAAUUGCAGUUAAGAGAUUAAAAGUCUGGAGCAACAAAGCAGAUCUGGAAUUCGCUGUUGAGGUUGAGAUACUGGCUCGAGUUCGGCACAAGAAUCUGCUGAGUUUGCGUGGCUAUUGUGCCGAAGGACAAGAGCGCCUGAUUGUAUAUGACUAUAUGCCCAAUUUGAGCUUGCUCUCUCAUCUUCAUGGACAGCACUCAUCAGAAUGCCUUCUCGAUUGGAACAGAAGGAUGAAUAUUGCAAUAGGAUCUGCCGAGGGAAUUGCCUAUCUUCACCACCAUGCUACCCCGCAUAUAAUCCAUAGAGACAUCAAAGCUAGCAAUGUGUUGUUAGAUGCUGAUUUUCAGGCUCAGGUUGCUGAUUUUGGUUUUGCUAAGCUUAUCCCAGAUGGUGCAACGCACGUGACUACAAGAGUUAAGGGUACCCUUGGCUACCUUGCCCCCGAAUAUGCUAUGCUAGGAAAAGCAUCAGAGAGUUGUGAUGUAUACAGCUUUGGCAUUCUCUUGCUCGAACUGACCAGCGGCAAGAAACCCCUUGAAAAACUAAGUUCCGCCUUGAAACGCACUAUUACAGAGUGGGCGUUGCCACUGGCUUGCCAGAAGAAGUUCAACGAGCUGGCAGAUCCAAGGUUGAAUGGGAAGUUUGUAGAGGAAGAGUUGAAAAGAGUCGUACUUGUUUCGCUUAUAUGUGCUCAUAGUCAGCCCGAGAAAAGACCCACCAUGCUUGAGGUAUUGGAGUUACUAAAAGGACAAUCAAAAGAGAAGUUAGCUGAAUUAGAAAAUGAUGAACUGUUCAACAGCCCUCAGUCUGCAGAUUAUAAAGACGGGACAGCAGUUCCUGAAGAUAGCUCAGACUUAAUCUCAGAAGAGGAGGAGGCUAAACAGGAAGUGGAGGAGGAGAUUGAACCCGAAAAGGCUCAAAAUAACUGAGAAGUAAAUGACACAAAAAUGUGAAAUAGAAUCUUGGCUUGCCAGGCUUUUUGGUUUUUUUUUUUUUAGGUACUGAAGGGCAAAGGUGGAGGUGGCUGUGGCAUUUAAUAGCAAGUGCAGGAAGCAUGUUUGCAGGAGUGGUGUGAAAGUAAAGGUUGGUUUGUGUGUAGUACCAUUUAAUGUAAAUUAAUGACACAAAACUCUUUCUCGUGUUUAUUGGGGUGGUGUGUAGUCAUAGGAAAAAGCAGGCUUCUUAAUGGUGUGUUGAUGUGGGAAAAUGUUUAGGUGAAUUGGAUUGCAAUGUUUAAAUGGGAUCAUUUUGUUUUGGCCUCGAGUGAAAACUUUUAUGAAUAGUCAUAUUCAAAUUUGUUUAA